AUUUAUUUGAAGGACACCAUUCUUGCACAGAUCACCAUGGAUCGAGCUUUGAUCUGGCUCUCUCUUGUUGGCUUUUUCCUGGCCUCCGUUACCUCAGAACCCAAGACAAAGCAACAAAAUGUGGACAUAUACAGCUUCCACAUAAACUCAACAGUAACCAGUCGCUACGCUAUCACAGUCAUCACCAGUCGUGUGGCAAAUAGCCUCGAUGAAUCUCAGGAAGUUCAUUUCCAGGUGAAGAUACCCAAGAAUGCUUUCAUCAGCAAGUUCAGAAUGACCAUUGAGGGGAAGACAUAUGAUGGGAUUGUUAAACAGAAGGAGGAGGCUCAACAGCAGUACAGUCAGGCAGUGUCUCGAGGUCAAAGUGCUGGACUGGUCAGCUCUGUGGGCAGGACCCUAGAGGAGUUCAAAACCUCAGUGACAGUGGCUGCACUCAGUAAGGUGACAUUUGAACUGACCUAUGAGGAACUGCUUAAGCGUCGUCUGGGCAAAUAUGAGUUACUCAUCAAUGCCCAACCAACACAGCCUGUGGCAGAUUUUAAGAUUGAUGUUCAUAUUCAUGAAAAUCGAGGCAUUUCCUUCUUGGAGGUAAAAGGGGGACUGAGUACUAACGAGCUGGCCAGUGCAGUCACAACCACACGUAGUGGCCCAGAGUCUUGGGUGAAAUUCUAUCCUACACCGGAACAGCAGAAAAAAUGUGAAGGUUGUGGGGAAAAUGGCUUAAAUGGUGACCUGAUCAUCAUAUAUGAUGUGGAGAGAUCAAAAUCCGAAGGGGAAGUCAGGACAUCACAAGGUUAUUUUGUCCAUUACUUUGCUCCCACUGAUGUCCAACGCAUUCCCAAAAAUGUGGUUUUUGUCAUUGAUCGAAGUGGCUCCAUGCAUGGCCGGAAAAUAGAACAGACCCGUUUGGCAAUGCUGAGGAUUUUGGGAGAUCUCUCUGAAGAUGACUAUUUUGGCAUAAUUACAUUUGAUAGUAAAGUGGAUACAUGGAACCGAGAGCUCCUCAAGGCCACACAAAGCAACGUGGAGGAUGCCAAGAAGUUUGUGAGAGAGAUCACUGAUAGAGGAUCUACUGAUAUAAAUGCAGCUGUGCUGGAAGGGGUGGAGAUGAUCAACAGACACCCACGAGAGGGCUCUGCCUCCAUCCUAAUCCUGCUCACUGAUGGAGAUCCCACUGCAGGUGAGACUAACCCCACCAGGAUCCAAAAUAAUAUCAGGGAGGCCAUUGGGAAAAAAUUUCCCUUGUACUGCCUGGGAUUCGGAUUUGAUGUUGACUUUGAUUUCUUGGAGAAAAUGGCCCUGGAAAAUGAAGGUGUAGCACGUAGGAUCUAUGAGGAUUCUGAUGCUGAUAUUCAACUGCAGGGAUUCUAUGAAGAGGUGGCCACUCCCCUUUUGACCAACGUGCAGAUGAAAUACACUGGGGCGGAAAAUGUAACUCAAACUGAUUUCAGCCACUACUACAAUGGCUCAGAGAUAGUGGUUGCUGGCCAGCUCACAGACAACAAUUUGGAGACCUUCAGCACUGAAGUCAUCGCAAUAUCAAAAAAGGAAAAUGUGAAGUAUAUUGACACCAUUGCAACCCAAGGACGCAGCACUGGUGUCUUGAGUGGGUUUGAGAAUUUUAUAGAGAGACUAUGGGCCUACCUUACAGUAAAGCAGCUCCUGGGCAAAGAGCAGCUGCUGAAAGGAGAGAAGAAGAAGGCAGCGAAGAAAGAAGUUCUGGAUCUCUCUCUGAAAUAUAACUUUGUUACACCACUGACCUCUAUGGUGGUCACCAAGCCCCAGGGAGAAGAGACUCAAGUCGCCCACAAACCCAAGGAAAGAGGAACUACACAAAGACGGGGUCAUAUACAACUAGCAGGGACAGCUAGCAUCUCAGGUGGCAUUACGGCCAGGGGAGGUUUCCCAAGUCGAGGUCGUAUAGUGAACACUUACCAGGCUGCCCCUCCCCCUCCCCCUCCUCCUCCCCCUCCCGUUGGCGGUGCCGAUUUCGCCCAAGGUUUCCCAAGUCGAGGUUUCCCAAGUCGAGGUCGUAUAGUGAACACUUACCAGGCUGCCCCUGAUUAUGAUUAUCACGAUUACAGUGUGUUCAGCUCUUCUGAUCAUCAUGUUGGACAAGUUAAUGGUCCAAUCUUCUUGCCGACCUUUCUACCAACACACCCUCCACCAACAAACACAGCACCAGAGGCAAGCCCUGUACGAUUCCUAAUUCAAGCACAGGAUCAGUCUGAACCUCUCUGCUAUGACAUUCCUGCAUCCCAGAGGCUCAGACUCCUACAGGACCCCAGCUCUGAUUUCUCUAUGAAUGGUGAGCUCAUUGAGUCUGGUGGCACUGGUUUCUCACAAAUCACCAUUCAUUACAAAACUGAUCACAUGACCCUGAGCACCAGUGGGAUCAUAUUUUCUGAUGGACAGAAUGCUGUGAAAUUCCUUUGGAAUCAGGAACCUACCACUCAUGAGACAGACAGUGUGUCACUGAUUCUGAGGAACAAAGAAAUGGAUGUCUCCAUGGGAAACACUCGUGUUGUUAUUCUCCUUCGUGAACAAGAUGGGAAUAGUUUCCUAUGGCCUGCAGUUAGACAGCGCCCAAGUACAACCACUUUACCAGGUCUUUUUGGAAAACCUCCUGUUGCAUAUACGGCAGUUACACUAUCACAUCCACCUAAACUGAAGAUUCAGGAUCAGGAAGUCCAAGUGUCCAAGAGCACAGCCACAGACUACAGUAUCCACUCAGCACCGAGAGUGGGCUGCUGGUUGGUGCCGUUCCAGGUUGCUAUGCAAGGGGAGCUAUCUGACUUCACUGUGUCCAAUCUGUAAAUAAAGGAGGAGUCCAAAAUAAAUCAUUAUCAGUCAUAUCAUAAAUCUCUCCUUUAUUUCUGCAUAAACAUCGCUAAUCCUUCUUAUACUGAAUCAUGAUUUGUUUUGUUUAUGACUUAAACAAAUUCAGAAAAUAUUGCAACUUUUCACCUGAAGUAGCUGAAAUAAUUGUGAUUUAAACCCA